AGAAAAAUCGAAACUCGCCAUUGUAGUAGAUUGAGUGAAUUUGAGCCAUUGCAACGAAACGGUUUUCUGCCUUGGGUCUUAUGUGAAGUGUGGUUAUUCUGUGUGUGCUUUAUAUUUGGAAAAAGUGCAAAUUUUAGUGUUUUUACGUUUUGUGUGAUAAUGGCAACGGCGCUCCCGCCGUCGCCCGCGUGAACGAGUGAGACUCUAGUGCAGCUAACGACCCGGGCCAGCCGCCUCACGCGUCACCCGACCACGAUGAAAAUGGUGUUGUCACAACGGCAACGAGAGGAGCUAAACAAAGCUAUCGCUGAUUACCUGGGCAGCAAUGGCUACACGGACGCCCUGGAGGCGUUCAAAAAGGAAGCCGAAAUGACCGGCGAAAUAGACCGCAAGAUUGGCGGCCUACUGGAGAAGAAAUGGACCUCUGUAAUAAGGCUCCAGAAGAAGGUGAUGGAAUUAGAAUCAAAGCUCUCCGAAGCUCAAAAGGAGUUUAUGGAAGGCGCGCCCGCUCGUGGCAAGCGCACACCCGCCGAGUGGAUACCCCGGCCGCCGGAGAAGUUCUGCCUCACCGGACACCGGGCUACUAUUACUAAAGUAGUAUUUCAUCCAGUGUUCAGUUUGAUGGUGUCAUCGAGUGAGGACGCCACCAUCAGAGUGUGGGAGUUCGAGAGUGGUACAUACGAACGAACCCUCAAGGGUCACACCGAUUCCGUACAGGACAUCGCAUUCGAUCAUCAUGGCAAGCUAUUAGUAUCGUGCAGCGCCGACAUGUCGAUAAAGUUGUGGGACUUCAAUCAGACGUUCGAGUGUAUAAAGACGAUGCACGGCCACGAACAUAACGUGUCCUCCGUCGCCUUCUCGCCCAGCGGCGACCUCGUCUACUCCGCCAGCAGGGAUAAGACCAUCAAGGCUUGGGAUGUCGCCACUGGGUACUGUGUGAAGACUUUCAAGGGUCAUCGUGAGUGGGUGCGCAUGGUGCGUGUGUCAGGUGACGGCGCACUGCUCGCCUCCUGCUCCAAUGACCAGACUGUGCGCAUCUGGAGCACUGAUAACAACGCCAACGAAUGCAAAAUGGAGCUGCGCGAGCACGAGCACGUGGUGGAGUGCGUGUCGUGGGCGCCCGAGGCGGCCGCCGCAGCCAUCAACGAGGCGGCCGGAGGAGACAACCGCCGCGCCAACCACGCCGGACCAUUCCUCGCCAGCGGCUCUCGUGACAAGACCGUCAAAAUUUGGGAUGUGAGCACGGGCCAGUGCCUGGCGACGCUGGUGGGACACGACAACUGGGUGCGCGGCGCGGCCUGGCAUCCCGGCGGCCGUUAUCUGCUCACAGCCUCCGACGAUAAGACGCUGCGUGUGUGGGACGUCGCUCAUACGCGCUGCCUCAAGACGCUCUACGCUCACCAGCACUUUGCCACCAGUCUCGAUUUCCACAGGAGCUUGCCAUACGUGAUCUCGGGCAGCGUCGAUCUGACUGUCAAAGUUUGGGAGUGUCGCUAAGAGCAUUGCCAUUUUAGUAACUUAAACUCACCGAUGAUAUCUUUAUCAUUAUUUUUCACAAUAUUGCUGCAAUGAGAACGUUAUGAGUUUCGAUUUUAAUGUUUUAAAAUAAUUUUAGAAAGGAAAAAAAUAGUUUUGAUAAUUUAUUUAAAUUUUGUCCUUUAAACUCAUUGUGCUGCCCCGUGGUGUACUUGACCGUGCUAUGUCUCGUCUCACUGUCACCUUCCAUAUGGAAAUUUUAUUAGUUUGUUACAUUCCAUUAAAAUAUAACAGCUUUUUAGAUGUUUUUUUAGUUAAUUUAAUAUUAUAUAAUGCGACACAAGCCUAGUUUUGCUGUAUGUUUAUCGCAAGUGACAUAGCAAGUCUCGUACUCCACAGCGACGAUGAAGUGAGGAGUUGAAAGCUGUGUUAUAAUUUAACAUUUCAUUAUUCUGUUUUAUUUUAUAGUUAUUGUUUAUUCGUAAGAACGUUUAGAUGUAAUUUUUAUUUCAUACGAAUAGUUAAUACAUUUUCUUAUACGGUCAGCUCUUGAAAACCUUGUACCUUGAUUUGUUUAUG